CUGUCCCACCACCAACCUCCGCCCCUGUAGUCAUGCCACGAUCUAGACUUCACUGUCAAGCCUCUUAAAUGAGAGAAAAAUCUGAUUUAACCAUCAUCCCGGUGUUUAAUGUGGAAGCGAUAAACGCCGACACUUCCGCGGUCCAGAGGAUCUGUUUGCUGGCGUGCCUGCGUGUGUAUGUAUGCAUGGGAGUGAACUGGAGAAAGCGAGGAGAAGAAGAAGAGGAGGUUUGAUUUGUCUCACGGCACUCAGUGGGAGGAGCCAUGACCGAGGGGGAGGGACAGUUUUACAGCGUACAGGUGGGGGACUCCACCUUUACGGUGCUCAGGAGGUACCAGCAGCUCCGCGCCAUCGGAUCCGGUGCCCAGGGUAUCGUCUGCUCCGCCCUGGACACCGUACUUGGCAUCCCAGUUGCUGUGAAGAAACUGAGCCGGCCCUUUCAGAACCAGACCCAUGCGAAGAGGGCCUACAGAGAGCUGGUUCUGCUCAAGUGUGUUAAUCACAAGAACAUCAUCCGUUUGCUUAACGUCUUCACGCCUCAGAAGUCAUUAGAAGAGUUCCAGGAUUUGUACCUGGUGAUGGAGCUGAUGGAUGCUAGCCUUUGUCAGGUGAUCCACAUGGACCUGGACCAUGAGAGGAUGUCUUACCUGCUCUACCAGAUCCUGUGUGGCAUCAGACAUCUACACUCAGCUGGCAUCAUUCACAGGGAUCUGAAGCCCAGUAACAUAGUAGUGAAGUCCGACUGCACUUUAAAGAUUUUAGAUUUUGGGCUGGCCAGAACCGCCUGCACUAACUUCAUGAUGACACCCUACGUAGUGACCAGAUAUUACAGAGCACCAGAGGUCAUCCUGGGCAUGAAAUACAAGGAGAAUGUGGAUAUCUGGUCGGUGGGCUGCAUCAUGGGUGAGAUGGUCAAAGGGAGCGUCAUAUUCCAGGGCACUGAUCAUAUUGACCAGUGGAAUAAGGUCAUUGAGAUACUGGGAACCCCGUCGCUGGAGUUCAUGAACCGUUUGAUGGACACUGUAAGGAACUACGUGAUGAACAAACCUCAGUUUCCCGGAGUCAGUUUGAAUGAGCUUUUCCCCGAUUGGGCCUUCCCAUCAGAGACCGAGCAUGACAAGAUCAAAACUAGUCAAGCACGAGACCUGCUGUCCAAGAUGCUGGUCAUCGACCCUGAAAGCCGUAUCUCUGUGCAGGAGGCCCUCAGUCACCCUUACAUCCACGUGUGGUACGACCCAGCCGAGGCCGAUGCGCCGCCUCCACAGAUAUCAGACAAGCAGUUGGAGGAGCGGGAACACAGCAUUGAGCAGUGGAAAGAGCUAAUUUAUAAAGAAGUAAUGGACUGGGAGGAGAGGAACAAGAAUGGUGUCCUGAAAGAGGAGUGUUUAGAUGGUACGGUGAACAGCAGCGCCACUGCCUCCCAGUCGUCCUCUAUUAAUGACAUCUCGUCCAUGUCAACGGAGCAGACACUGGCCUCAGACACUGACAGCUCCUGCAUCGACACCCUCACGGGGCCGCUAGAGGAGUGAAUCAAGUGACGACUUCUCGCUUGUCACGUCCCUCUCCCUCGCCAGUGUGGCCCAUGCCGUGAUCUUGAC